CGUGAUGAUGCGCAGGUUGCACAGGCGCCAGGGCCAAGGCCAUGACGACGUGGGCAAGGACGGUCCAGCUGCCAGCAGGGACUGCAUUGACUUUGUAGUGCUACGACAAUGUGAGAAAUGCGAGUGUUGGAUUGUCGGUAGCAUGGAUGAAGCUUCUUUACGGCAUAUCACUUUCUUACUGUAAGACUUGACACAAUUUUUCAGAACAAGCCAGCAAGGCGAUCACCGUUCAGCUCAUCAUGGCGCCCACAGCAAGCCAGAAGGUAAGAUAAGGCAGUUUCACAGUAGUGCCGCUGAAGUUUGGAACGUAGUAGCAAUCUCGACUGCGCCAGCAUGUAUUAUAGUGAUGACAAAGUCAUCUCGUUCUGUCCAUACGCGGCCUUCAGCUACGUGACUACUAGACUCUUCUCCCUAAAUCUCAAUCUUCCCAAUGUCCGACAAAGCCUCAGCUCUCCUGAAUCGCAGCCAACCCUCUCCUCCCAUCCGACCCUUUCGCAAAUUCGGCGAUUCGAAACGGUGGCUGCUAGCGCUGAAAAGUCCCAGUCACCACGCAUCAACCAGCGCCGGGCAUUCAACCACAACGCAUAUCUCUUUGACUCGGAAGAGAUAACGACCUGGUACUACCUCGGGGAGGCCAAUCCCACGGACGAAGGCGAGGACAACGGCAACGGCAACAGAAAUAGCGAUAAUAAUACCAAUAAUAACAAUAAUAGCAAUGGCGAGGGUGAGGGCGCUGGAGCUGGUGGCAAUAGCGACGAUAGUAAUAGCGACGAGAAAGACGCGCAGAACUUCAAGACAUACACCUAUAAUACAUAUAAGCACAACGGCAAGCGACAUAUCACCGGCGGCAUCACCUACGAGCUUAUGUGCAACAAGGGACAUGAAGGGGGCGUCCUGCGAAACGAGUCGCCGACGGACCUCAAUGCUUGCGCCAGGCUCUGCGCCCACUCCCCCGAGUGUUAUCGUCGGGGAUUAUCCCAUGGUCAUCUAGAAACACAUGGUAUCCGACCCAGUAUCCAGCCGCUGGCAACAUCGAGACGGUCGAGAACAAGCAGCUCGCGACCAUGACUUGCAAAGCCCGCCACGGCACCAUCUAUCUCAAGAUUGGCCACCGUCGUGGUCCAUGCAUGCUUUCUAUCAGAAAAUGAUAGGACGGCACACGGACUGGCAGAGACUGAUCUGGGCUGUGCUGUCGACUCUGGGGGACAAUGCACUCAGUCUACGUGAUAUAGGCAUAACUUCUCUUGCUUUCGCAAGAAGUUUCAGUAAACCAUGAGCCUGAGAGAUGACGUCUGCCAUUGCGAAAGCUGAUUCAGUGGAUGAUUUUCAGUGUCGAUACCAACCGCUGCA